ACCUUCCUUCUUCACUAUUAUGGUGCACUUGGUAAUCCAUCUCCCUCACGAAGCAAUCCUUGGUGGACCGGUUUUUUAUCGAUGGAUGUAUCCUAUAGAAAGGUUCCUAAGCAAAUUGAAGUCAUAUUGUCGCAAUAAGCGUUAUCCAGAAGGAUCAAUUGCUGAAGGCUACUUGGCAGAAGAGUGCAUGACCUUCUGUUCUAGAUAUUUAGAAGAUGCUGAAACACGAUUGAAUAGACCAAGUAGAAAUGCUGGGCUCAAUGAUAAUGACUUGGCCGAAACUUAUUUAUUUCAAAGUUAUGGAGAACCAAUCAGCAAAGUUGAAAUUGUAGAAUUAGAUGAUAUAUCGUGGAUACAGGCACAUCGAUAUGUACUUUUUAACCACGAUUCAAUUGAACCGUUGCGCAAGUAAGUUAUAAAAUUGUCUUACA